AUGGUGAGAAAAGACUCAAAAGAAGCAACAACACGUGUUGUUGGAGUGGAUCAAGAGGAGGAUGAGGUGAUGAUGGAGUCGUCCUCAUCAUCAUCGUCACUACUACUGGAUGAUUCUCUAGCCUCUGAAUCUCAACAGAAUCCAAACUCAACAACAACUGGUGGUAGUGCUUCCAGACAAUGGCAAAAGGACUCGUCUUCAUCAUUGGCACAAGAACUUGUCCCAGGUUACUCCAUUUGUGUCGGAAUCACCACUCGAGAUGAAUCACUGCCAGUCUAUGAUACUCCAUCCAAGAUGUAUAGCAGCUUGAGAUAUAAGCUUCAUUACAAGUGUACGGUCGAUGCUGAGAAAGUUUCUCCAUUCCCCAAAUUACUCAUGUGUCGAAUUACAGUGAUCGAUGAUGAAAGUGGAAAGGAAAUUAAGAAGGACAAUAAGCCCAUUGUCGAUGACUCUCUCAUCUCUCUCAAGAACACUUCGAGUGGAACACUUGGAGUCUAUGAAGCCAACCAUAAAAUCAAAUUCAAGAGUGUGAGUUUUCAUCAUAACAAGAGCAAAUGGAGACUCUUAUUGCAACUCUUCAGUGAUAGUAAUCAUAGUAUUAAUACACCAGUGUUUGUCAUGAAGAGUGGACCCUUCCAAGUCUAUGCAAGAAGACCAAAGGUUUCUGAGAGGGAUGGUUCGAAUGGUUUACUCUCUUCUGGAAGUGAAGCAACGAUCAGUAGUAGUACAACUGCCACCACCACGACGACAACGACAACAACAACGACUAACACUACUACUCACACGACAGAAGAUAAGAGAAAGAAAAAGACUGAACCUCAAAAGAACAAGCGAAAGAGAACUUCCUCCGUGACGAUGACGAACAACAAGCAUUCGAAAGAGGAAGAACUCGUAGUAGAAACUACGAGUGAGGAAUUUGAACCUCCUACUGAAGAGUCAACAAGUGCUGCUGAAGAGUCUUCUUGUUGUUCAACACUCAAGAAAGUCAAGCUUAUGGAAAACUUUAAAAAGACUCUUGACUUGUUGCUCAAAUAUCACUCUGAAAUGGAUGAUGAAGAUAAGGUUACUGGAUUUGGAUUAAUUCAACAAAAGAUGUAUCUCCACUUUUAUGGACCAAUUCCAACAGCAGACUUUUUGGCAACCUCAAUGAUUCCGAUGCAAUCCAUAAUACCCUCUGAGGAAGAAGAGAAUUCAACCGAAUCUACAACAUUACAAUGUGGAUCUGCGGAUGAUUUAUUUAACUCUUCAGCAUUGUUCUCUGAGAAUAACAAUACUCAUUCACACACAGAUAUUCCAGUGACGAGUCAUGAAGUGAAUAGUAAUUUCAACAACAACAAUAGUUCAUCCUUUGAUUUGGAUUAUUUUGCUCCCUCAAUGAGUGAAGAUUUCACAGCAUUUAUCUGA